AUGGGUAAGAAAGUCUCGAAGAACUCGAGAGCUUCUCGUCGUUAUGAAGCGCUCGAUACCGAAGCGCAAACCUUGGCACAGCUUCCUCGUGCCCAGAAUCUCGAUGUCACCAACAAGCUGAUAAGAACAGCAUCCAAGAGCGAGAGGCUUCUGGAAGCCAAGAUGAAGAAGAAAGAGAGGACUGGGAAGAAGGUGGGGAAAAAAGACAUCAAGAAGGGCGCUUUGGAAAACCUUGACAGCGACAGAGUGGCCAGAGCUCUGAACAUCACCAACAGGCUCGACGGUAAAGUGGAAAAGGCAAAGGCAAGAGCCAAAUACGUGCAAGCGGCUCGUAAAGCUGGUUGGGAAAGCACCAACGAAAGCAUCAGAAGAGCUUUGGCGAAGAAUGAGGAAAAAGAACAGGCGGAAUCUAAUCACGAGGACAACGAUAUCGACGUCGAAGCUCAUUCACAAGAUGAGAUCGAAGAGAAAAUCGAGCAACCGGAAAAGCCAGCUUCAUCGAACCAAAAUCUAUUUGGUCUAUUGAGCGAUGAUGUUGAGGCCUAA